UAGUCGGCUUAAACGUGCAUUGAUUUGUAGGGGUAUAUAUAAAGGACGUCUGAAACACUACCGGGUUAUAACUCAGACAAGGUGGGUGGAUAGAUAUCAUAGGGAGAGAGGAGACGUGCAGAAAGCAUCGAGUAUUAGGGGGACGAUGGAGCGCAGAGAGAUAGAGAGAGAAGUUUCUGUUAACAAAACUGAAGCCGAAGAAAGGAAAGAAAAAGAAGAAGAAGAAGAAGAAGAAGAAGAAGCAGCUGCAAGAAAGAGCAGUACUGCGGUGUGCAGAAUAAAUGGAAUCAACGAAGAGGAGAAAAACAAAAUCCUUCAUAUGAGAGCCUUCGUCGAGCGGCAAGAUCCUUCUUCCAAGGAUGUGGAUGAUUUCACAAUGAGGAGGUUUCUUCGAGCUCGAGAUUUGGAUAUAGAAAAGGCGUCAGCCAUGUUUCUUGAAUACCUGAAAUGGAGACGGACAUUCGUUCCGAAAGGCUUCAUUUCGGUGUCGGAGAUCCAAAACGACCUCGCGCAGAACAAGAUGUUUAUGCAGGGAACCGAUCGGAAAGGACGGCCGAUCACGGUGGCCUUCGGCGGUAGGCAUUUCCACAACAAAGGAGGCCUUGAAGAUUUCAAACGAUUUGUGGUCUUCGCCAUUGACAAAUUGUGUUCAAGGAUGCAAGGAGGACAGGAGAAGUUUGCGGUUAUAGGGGAUCUUGAAGGUUGGGGAUACUCAAACAGUGAUAUUCGAGCAUACCUGGCAGCCCUGUCCAUUUUGCAGGUUCAUACAAUUAAUUACAUACAUUCCGCGCAAGUAAAAAAUUCAAUUAAUUGUAGCUCGGCAAUUACCUUGCAGAACUACUACCCGGAAAGACUCGGCAAGUUAUUCCUUGUUCACGUGCCUUACAUCUUUAUGGCAGCCUGGAAGAUUGUGUACCCUUUUAUCGACAACAAUAUCAAGAAGACGGUAAAAAAGACCAUGACUUUUCUGUACUUCUGUAGUUACUACUAUACUCUUUGUUGGAUCUCUCUCCUCCAGUUGGGGCCACCCACUUUAAAUUAUCAUCUACAGGCAUUAAACUGCAGCAAGCUCAAGCAUGAAAGUCUCUUCAAUGCUUCCCUUGCAGAUAAGAUUUGUGGAAAACAAGAAGCUUAA